AUGCGACGUGCAACGCUGGUCCCACUGGCGAUCUGGGUUGCAGGUGCAGCGGCAGCUGCACCUGCUUCCUUGCCCCAGGUCCCCUCGUGCGACAUAUCCCUAGCCAACAUCGGGCUAUCUCAGGACUCGCUGAUUUUCUUCCCCAACAGCUCAGGGUGGGAGAGCGAGACAAUCCGUUGGACGGAGUACAUGGCUCCCACCUAUUCCGUUUCGGUCCGACCAGCCCAUGUGUCGGACGUGCAGGCUCUAGUCAGGUUCGCCACCCGCUGUAACAUUCCAUUCCUCGCCAGCUCCGGCCAGCAUGGGUUCGACACUGAACUGGCCGAGCUGCAGAACGGGAUGGAGAUUGACUUGUCAGCCUUCCGGAACGUCUCGGUCGACGCCGAGAAGAACACCCUGACCGUUGGCGGCGGAGUGCGCUUCAUGGACGUGUUCGACCCGGUCUUCAAUGCGGGCAAGGAGAUUAGAACCAGCCAAACUGACCAUCAAGUAGGCACCGGAUCAGGAGCCUGUGUCGGCAUGAUCUCCCCUACGUUAGGCGGCGGGGUCGGCCGCCUCAGCGGCACACAUGGCAUCAUCUCCGAUCAAUUGUUGAGCGUCCAGAUGGUGACCGCUAACGGCAGCCUGGUGACCGCGUCCAAGAAGAAGAAUCCCAAUCUGUUUUGGGGUCUGCGGGGUGCUGGCGGCAACUUUGGCAUUGUGGUGGAGGCCGUGUAUCAGGUCACCGAUCUGACCUCGGAAAAUGUGGUCAAUCUGGACUAUGCCUUCUCCACGAACGACACCGGGGCGAUCAUUGACUAUCUGGCUUCGUUCGGUUCGAACAUGCCCCCGAAGCUGUCGUUCAUCAUUGCAGCCCUCUAUAAUGAGAAGCUGUUCGGCGGAUUCGCCGUCAUCGUCAGUGGGCUUUACACCGGCCCGCAGAGCGAGGCCGAACAGUUGCUGGCGCCGCUCCUCCAGAAUGCUACUCCGAUCAAGCAAAAUGUCAGCGUGGUGCCCGAAAAUAAACUCGUCUACGCCGCGACCUUUGGCUCGCAGGGGAACUCCACCAUCGCCUGCUCGGGAAAAGGAGUCAAUCGCAGCAUCUUCGGCGGGCCAUCAACACAGCUCGUGACGACCAAUACCGACCUCCGAGGCAGCGUGUUUUUCAUCGAACAUUUCAGUAAUUAUCAGGUUCAAAAGAUCCCCGACCACACUUCGGCGUACCCUUGGCGCGAUAUCACUGCACACCUCCUGUUCAAUUACGCCUGGAACGACCCUGCAAACCAGCAACUCAUGUUAUACUCGGCCAAGAACCUGCCCCGGUUGCGUGCUCUCAAGAAACAGUGGGACCCGGAGAAUGUGUUCCGAUUCCAUCAUCCCAUCUCUAUGUCCUGA